ACUUUCGCCUUGAAGUUUUGGUAAAUAAGCAACCUUUCCAGAAUCCUGUCUUCUGGUUGAUGUAUCUAAAAACCAACAACAGAGCUCAAGAACACGAUAUCAUAUGUCGUUUAGCUUUAUUAUGUUUAUGUAGGAAUUGUGCUGCGCUUAUGGCUAAAUAA